AUGGGAAUUGAAGUUAAAAAAUUAAUUGAUAAAUAUAGUAAGGUAAGAAAAACACCCACCCCCAUUCAACCACCAAAUUUGAUGUGGAUCUCUUAGAGAUUGAGAGAGAUCAAAGCCUUUGAAAAAAGAAAAAAAAAGGAUGACAAGCAUAUGUACAGUUGUCGCCAGUGAUGAACAAAAACAAUUAUUAUUUUAAAUUUGCAAAAAGUGAGGUUUGAUCUUAAACUAUCAAUCAUUGGUUCUUUAUAAAUUUCACACUUAUUAUUUUAUUAUCAUCAUUUCCAUGUAAGAUGAGGGCCCAUUUUCCAGCAAAUCUUCGUGUAUAAAAUGGGUGAGAGUUUGACAAUUAGUUAACUUCAUUCAAGAAAAUUCAAACACUUCCCUUCUCUCUCUCUCUAUCUCUUUUUUUUUUCCCACAACAAAGAAUUAAGCAGUGAUAUCUGUUGUGGUUUGCAAGCUAUUAUACGAGAGAACAGAGUUUACUCAGUUACACUGCAAAUUAAGCAUUGAUAAAAAUGGCGAUCGAGAUCGAGCAACAAGGCGGCUGCGUGGUUGGUUUAUCAAGAAUUGCAGUUUCGGACACACACGGUGAAGAUUCGCCGUAUUUCGCAGGCUGGAAAGCUUACGACGAAAACCCUUACGAUGAAUUAACCAAUCCUUGUGGCGUCAUACAGAUGGGACUUGCUGAAAAUCAAGUUUCAUUUGAUUUGGUAGAGCAAUACCUGGAAGAAAAACCUUCAGAAACAACUUCCGGAUUUAGAGAGAAUGCAUUGUUUCAAGAUUAUCAUGGACUUCUUUCUUUCAGAAAGGCAAUGGCAAGUUUCAUGGAAGAAAUAAGAGGUGGAAGAGCAAAGUUCAACCCUGAAAGAAUAGUUAUUACGGCCGGCGCCACCGCAGCAAACGAACUUCUAACAUUCAUAUUGGCUGAUCCCGGUGAUGCUUUGCUUGUCCCAACUCCUUACUAUCCAGGGUUCGACAGAGACCUCAGAUGGAGAACAGGCGUAAACAUCGUACCGAUCCACUGUACAAGCUCCAACAAUUUCGAAAUUACCCCUCAAUCCCUCCACCAAGCCUACGACGAAGCUCGGUUGAAAAACAUCAAAGUUCGAGGAAUCUUGAUUACGAAUCCAUCGAACCCUCUAGGCGCAACAAUCAAACGCAAAACCCUAGAACAAAUCCUCGACUUCGCGACCCUAAAAAACAUCCAUCUAAUCUCCGACGAAAUCUACUCGGGCUCUUCAUUCUCCCCGGAAGAAUUCGUCAGCGUCUCCGAAAUCCUCGAGGCGAGGAACUACAAAGAUUCCGAGAGGGUCCACAUCGUUUACAGCCUGUCGAAAGAUUUAGGCCUCCCCGGGUUUAGGGUUGGCACUAUAUAUUCCUACAACGACAAAGUCGUCACUACGGCGAGAAGAAUGUCGAGUUUUACGUUAAUUUCUUCGCAGACGCAGCAGCUUUUGGCCGACAUGCUUUCGGACAAGGGUUUUACGGAGAAGUACAUUAGGGUUAAUCGGGAGAGGCUGCGGAAGAGGUAUCGUAUGAUUGUGGAUGGAUUGGAUAAGGCCGGUAUUAAGUGUUUGAAUGGGAACGCCGGUUUGUUUUGUUGGAUGAAUUUGAGUACGAUUCUCGACCAACAAACGAAGGAAAAAGAGUUGGAAUUGUGGGAGUUGAUUUUGCAUGAAGUGAGAGUGAACAUUUCUCCGGGCUCGUCGUGCCAUUGCUCCGAACCGGGCUGGUUCAGAGUUUGCUUCGCCAAUAUGAGUGAGCAGACUCUUGAAGUAGCUCUUUCAAGAAUACAUGAUUUCAUGGGAAGAAGGAAAAAAAUUCAUAAUUAA